UCUCUCGUCCGGACUUCCAAUGUCCUUCCGUCUAAUCGCAAUCAAGUAAACCCUCGGAGCUGACAUUAUUAUUACAUGUAUUUAUUCUUUGCUCGAGCACCCGCCCAACUUCCUUCCCAGGUCUAGCGUCAUCUAUCCGCCAGGGACUGAAACUGGAACGCGGAGUGACGGGAGGCAUUGGGGCAUUUGAGGCUGAAAGGUGGACUUGGAGCUUCUUACUUUACACCUGGCCAUAUCCCACCUGACUUGACUCGGGCUCUACCAUUUAGUUCGUUUGUCGUUAAUACUUCUGUCAGGACUGAGAGGCAAUUUGUAUUGAUUGGACACUUGGCGCCCUUUGCGACGAUGCGACGCUAAGCUUUUCGACACCCAAUAAUCACAUACUUCGUAAACGGAGGCUCAAACGUCUGGGUUGCUAUACAUACAAACCCCAGUACAUCUCUCCUGCUGUCACUAGAUCGACCGUCGUAUCCUUACCGCCAUGCCCUCCAAAUCCCGCUUCACGCGCCUCGACGCCUUCACCAAAACGGUGGAAGACGCGCGCAUCCGCACCACAUCAGGCGGCAUCGUCACCCUCGCCUCCCUCCUCCUCAUCCUCUACCUCGUGUGGGGCGAAUGGGCCGACUACCGCCGCGUCACCGUCGCGCCCGAACUCAUCGUCGACAAGGGGCGGGGGGAGAAGAUGGAGAUCCACAUGAACAUCUCCUUCCCCCGCGUGCCGUGCGAGCUGUUGACGUUGGACGUCAUGGAUGUGUCGGGCGAGGUGCAGACGGGGGUGAUGCACGGGGUGAACAAGGUGCGGUUGGGGGAGGAUGGGCGGGAGGUGGGGCGGGAGGCGUUGGAGUUGGGGAAGGAGGUGGAGGAGAGUAUGAAACAUAUGGACCCGGAGUAUUGUGGCGAGUGCUAUGGCGCUCCCGCGCCGGGGAAUGCGAUUAGAGCGGGUUGCUGCAAUACUUGUGCGGAAGUGCGCGAGGCGUAUGCGAGUGUGAGUUGGUCGUUUGGGCGGGGGGAGAAUGUGGAGCAGUGUGAGCGCGAGCAUUACUCCGAGCAUUUGGAUGAGCAGAGGCGGGAGGGGUGUCGGAUUGAGGGCGGGAUCCGCGUGAAUAAGGUGGUGGGGAAUUUCCAUUUCGCCCCGGGCAAGAGUUUCAGUAAUGGGAAUAUGCACGUGCAUGAUCUGGAGAAUUAUUUCGCGGGCGGGGAGGGGAUCGAUCAUACCUUCUCGCAUACCAUCCAUCAUCUCCGCUUUGGACCGCAGUUGCCGGAGGAUGUGGUGAGGAGGAUUGGGAGGAGGGGGAUGGCGUGGAGUAAUCACCACCUCAACCCGUUGGACGAAACGGAGCAGAAGACGGACGAGAAGGCGUAUAAUUAUAUGUACUUUGUGAAAGUGGUGUCGACGGCGUAUUUGCCGUUGGGCUGGGAGCGGACGGGGAGUAUCCUGGAUAUCCCGCAUGAGUUGGUGGAGUUGGGAGGGUAUGGGAAGGGGGAGGCCGGGAGUGUCGAGACGCAUCAGUAUUCGGUUACGAGCCAUAAGCGGAGCUUGGCGGGUGGGGACGGAGGGGAGGAGGGGCAUAAGGAGAGGUUGCAUGCUAGGGGUGGGAUCCCGGGGGUUUUCUUUUCUUAUGACAUUUCGCCCAUGAAGGUGAUCAAUCGCGAGGCGCGGUCAAAGUCAUUCUCCGGCUUCCUUGUCGGAGUCUGUGCGGUCAUUGGCGGCACUUUGACUGUUGCGGCGGCCAUAGACCGCGCGCUGUAUGAAGGCGGGCAGAGGGUGAAGAAGUUUCACUCAAGUUAGAUCGCCCUUCGUAUCCGAAUGCACAUUCCAAGACCAUCAAGAUCAUCAACACGUCCUAACAAUACAUCAUCGUGAUCGUACGUACUCCACUUGGCUAUGUCCGAAGGCAGGCCUUUCACCGCGCUUGCAAGGCUCUACGCCGGUCAAGAGAAGAGACCGUCCAGGUCCUCCAUAUCGCCUUCCUCGGCUCCGACGGGUGUGUCCUCUCGAGCUACGCAGUUGGUCAGU